AGAUUUCAUAAGCCUGGUGUUCAAGCGACACCGGGAGUUCCCAAAAACACUUGAUUUUUGUCGUUUGUUAUAUUAACGUGCGCGCGUAAGAAGAACUGGUGACAAGUGCCACAACGUGCCCAAAACCUGCGCAUUAAAGACAUGACAAUUUCGUCACCCCGAAGCGUUUUCUGGCUCAUAUUAAACAUUGCUGUUGUGCUCGCUGCUUCAGAGGAGGAAGAAAAGUCAUCCAGUGCAAUAUUUGAUAAUAUCCUGAAGGAUCUCCGAAACACAGCCGAUGUCAACCGUGCACAAGUGAAGUUCUCUUUACGAAAUCCAUUCCAACCAGACAAUGAUGUUUGCUACAUCGUACGUGGAAAACCUGUAACUCUCAGUAGCUGCGAAUUUAACAACACUUCAAAAACCUUUUUGGUCAUUCAUGGCUGGACGGUCAUUGGAUUGUUCGAGAGCUGGGUUGAGAAACUGGUCGCCGCGCUCUAUGAGAGGGAGAAAGACGCCAACGUCAUUGUCGUGGACUGGUUGGAAACCGCGCAGGACCAUUAUGUGGUGGCAGCACAAAACACGAAGAUAGUGGGAAAGGAGAUCGGACUCUUUAUAGACUGGUUAGAGGAGAUAACAAACAUUCCUAUGGAGAAGUUGCAUCUUAUUGGCUACAGUCUUGGUGCCCACGUUGCAGGCUUUGCGGGAAGUCAUGCCAAUAACAAAGUUGGAAGAAUCACAGGUUUAGACCCAGCAGGGCCGGACUUCGAAGGCAUUCAUGCCCAUGGACGGCUAUCCCCAGAUGAUGCCCACUUUGUGGACGUCCUCCACACUUUCACCUGCCGUUCCCUUGGUCUCAGUAUUGGUAUCCAGCAGCCCGUUGGUCAUGUGGAUAUAUACCCCAAUGGAGGAAGUUUCCAGCCUGGAUGUGACUUGAGAGGAGCCCUUGAGAAAAUCGCCAAUUACGGAAUACUAGCCAUAAAUAAGGCUAUCAAAUGCGAGCACGAGCGUUCCGUCCACUUGUUUAUCGACUCCUUGCUGAACGAAGAAGAAGCCGGCAAAGCUUACCGCUGCGGGAGCAAUGAGAUGUUCGACCGAGGCAUGUGCCUUCAGUGUCACAAGAACCGAUGUAGCACGGUGGGCUACGACGUCAGCAAAGUUCGCAAGGCACGGAGCGGCAAGAUGUUCACCAUGACGCGAGCGUCCGUGCCUUUCAGAGUUUUUCACUAUCAGCUGAAGAUACAUUUUCGGGGAAAGAUGAACAAGUCGGAGAUGGAACCAGCACUGACGAUUUCACUUCAUGGAACCAACGGUGACGCGGAGGACAUUCGACUGAAUGUUCAAGAGGAGAUUACCAGCAACAGGACGCAUUCCUUCCUUGUGGUGACUGACACUGACGUUGGUGAUGUUCUAAUGGUGAACUUCAAAUGGGACGAUUCCAGUUCCUCCUUAUUUAAUAAGCUGUCCACGUGGUGGUUUGGAGAUUCUGGCGUACAGGUCCAAAAGAUCUGGGUCCGAGCUGGAGAAACACAAAAGAAGAGUGUGUUUUGUUUAAAAGAUCCCCUGAAAGCACGUUCGGCUCAGGAUGUGAUAUUUGUGAAAUGCAAGAAGUCGCGGAGAUCUUCAUCUAAAAGGCCCAGAUUGAAGAGAUCAUGAAAUUAUUCUUAAAGAGAUAUUUUGGUAAACUCAAUUUUUGUUCAUGACAAAGCACUUAAAUAAUAUUUAUACAGUUGUUAUUUAUUAAGAAUGCACUGACUGUAUUGAACAUAUAAUGUUUGAGUAUGAAUGUAAUUCAUACAUUUGAGUCUUGGUACAAGCACUACUUCCAUUGUUAGAAUAAUGGACCCUAUAAAGGUUUGCUGAAACGAAACUUGCAUUGGCUUAAAAGCCUUAAAAUGUAAGUAAUUUAAUAAGAAUAUUAGGUCAAGAGGAGGUUUGGUACUGUAUGAUCUUAGUUGCAAUAUGUGAUACGUGUGUUUUUUAUGUUUUUUUUUUUUGGCAGUAACAAGGCUAUAUGUUUAGUUCUUAAUAGUAUUUAACAGUUCAUGAAAACAUCCAUUAUGUCUUUUAAUUUUACAUAGUUUCCCCAUCCAAAAGUCUGAAAAGAAUCAAAUAGCUCAGAUACUUUUUUCAGUUAUUUUACGAGCUAAAAUGGUGAAGAGACCGCUUUUAAAUCGAAAGAUUUGUGGGUGUAUUAACAUUGUCCAAAUCGCCUAUGGACCAGAAUUCUUCACAGUCGGCCUACACGAAUAAAAUCAUCAAUCACG